AUUUAGAGCAAUACUUUUAGUGUGCAACUUGUUAUCCAUCAAACUUUUGAUUAAAUCUGAGAACAGUUUUUGAUUAACUGGGGCCAAUGGUUUGGUUGUUUGCCCUGGGCUUGAUUGGUUUGGGUUGUGAUGGGCCCAGACUGUUAUAAGUUUAGUUUGGUUUGGGUUUGCAUAAAAACGAGUUGGGUAUGGCUGGGUAUGGGCCUAAAUGGUGUGGUCGCUGAUAGAUGUGAAUCGUGGUUCAAAACCGGUUCUCGGACUGGAGGUAUGCACGUGACACGCCGCGGCUGGACACACAGGUACAUACGCUACGCGACGCGACGCGGCUGGGCACACACGUAUUGAGCUGCUACUGUAGAACAAUUACGUUGCUAGCUAGCUUGCUUGCCGGUUAGCUUUGCAUAUACGUCAGAUUGAUUUGGUUUCAACCCAAAACAAAGAACCGGGUUAAGCCCAUAGAUCGAAGAGUGGUUUGGUUUGGUUGAGGUCAACAGAGCAUACGGUUUGGUUUAGUUUUGGUUAUGCGCGAUGAUUGGCGGUGUGGUUUAGCUCUGGUUCAAACUCCAUAUUGAUUGGUUAUGGUUUAGGUUUAGUUCAGUUAUAUGACCAUUGCCAGGUUUACUUUUGAUGCAUUUGAAAGUGUUAUCCUCAUUUUUCAUUUGAAAUGGUAUCUCUUUUUGUAGUGGUAUAAUACCUUGGGGUUGACUUUUUAUUGGAUAGUUGUAUAGACAGGGAGGUUCCUCUAGUGAAAUCCGCAUGCAUGAUGUUCCAUUGAUGAUGUCAAACAAUAUGUUCCUUUAGUGACUUUGCUUAUAGAUUGCUAAAGUAAAGAAGAAACAAUCAAGCCAAGUCAAAUCUGGGCAUGACUAUUAACUCAUGCCAUGUGUUACUUUGUGUUAAUUCAGUUUUGAGCUUUGCUCUUCUCUAGAAGCUGAACAUGGUAUCAUAUAUUUUUUUGAUACAAAUACCACAUCAAACACGCUACCAUGGUCCUAUUAGUGUCACCUUUUUUAGAAGUUACUUUGGUCCUGUUAAUGCUGCUUAUCGAUUUAACUAUUUUUCUGUGGUGUUCUUUUAAAAAAAAUAGCCACUCAGAAAUGAAUCUCAUACAAGAAAAAUGAAAAACAGGAAACAUGAGAACAAUGUCCAUUCCAUGUUAAAGCUUAUAGUGAAAGAUAGGCUGUGCAAAGAUCAUGUUGAAUAAGCAAUCAGAAAUUAGCAGCUACGAUGACAAUGAUGCACAUACAAUGAAUUGAGCUUUGCCUAUGAAAGAACUAUUGUUUCUUGCCACAUAUUUGCUGCCCGAUUUUCCUCCACUCAUAGGCCUCACUUUUCCUGUGCUUUGACAUCUAUCCAUUGACAUUCUCACACCCUAAUAACUCUACCACGCCUGUAGGCCACAUCAAAGGAGAUAAUGUCUUGAUUCUUCCACUCUACCAACUUUGAGUGUGUUUUCACGCUCAGGAUUUCAGAAUGACAACAAAUAGCUGGAAUUUCCUGCCUGGAUGGUUGAGUGUCUAGAACACAAUGUUCCUUGAGCAACUUGCACAGCUUUCCUUUACUGAUUUGAGUGAUGUGAUGCAUCCAUCCCCUUGCUGCAAACAUGGUACUAUUUGAGAGAAUUUAAGUCGGUAGCAUGAUAACUUCACUUGUUGGUUGGAUGCUGAACUUGGCAUAAAUCCAGAAAUGUGUCAUCUGUGUACAUUCUUUUAAACAUAAUGCCCAUAGCAGGUAAUUCGUCAAUCGUAAAUAUUCUAUUCUGAUCUCUUAUCUUUGCCAGCGUGAUGCACUUAAAAAGCAAAAGUACUUGUCAUGUCGAGGUGAGGUAAUCUUUCACUUGUUUCACUCACAGUGCUGUGAGGUAAGUCAGUUACUUGCAGGUUAAAACUUUACUUCACAUCCAGAUUUGUGUUUUUGAGUUUGGAUCCAGUGAUCAUAGUUUUCUGUUCUCCUUUUCUGGCAACAACUGGGAGCUCUGAAAAAGUUGGACACCAACAGAUAACAUAUAAAUGAAUUGGUCAAUGGAUGAAAAUAAAUUUCCAAUUUAAUCCUGAAGUUACAUUAUAGUUUACUCAGGUAAUGUCAUUUUAAUUGUUUGAGCAUGAAGCCCGUACACGAGCUUUAGCUUUGAGCUAACUUUCCCCUGUUAUUCAUUGAUUAUGAUGUUCCCAUCUCUGAAUUUUAGGAGAUAAGCAAUGUCUUCUUUUGUUUUCCAUUACCUAAGGCUGACCAUGGGAUAUGUUCUGCACCAUGGUGACUAUUGCAUCUAAUAGUUUGCAUUUCCAGUAUGCUUAUUAAAAGCUUAAUUUGAAAACAGAAUCAAACAACAUGUACACAAAACUACAAAAGCCAUCUCAAAUAAAGCAAAUAAAGUCGAUGUACAUUGACUACCAAUAGUACAAAGCAGAACGCAAGGAUUGUUACUUUAGAAUUUCAAGAGAGAUCAACCAAUACAAUAAUAAGCAUGCAGAAUGCCAUGAUAACAUUAAAAGGCAUAAUUUGUCUGAUAACGGUGGCCACAAUCUUCCAUUUUGCAACAUUCCUUCUCGCAUUCUAGAAGUUGACUUCUGUCAAUACUCAAAGCUUUGAUGUGGACUUCUUGUUACAGUGAGUAAUCUCUACAAAGUGAUUUGGCCUUAGUGGGAGCUGAACUGGGAAAUGUACCUAACUGCAUGUUUCAUCAGAGAAUUGCUUGUCUGGCCAAACAUCAGUGUUACGGUGGAUGUAGACUACAUAUGUACCUGCAUAUUUGCUCUGCCAUUGUGUAUCCUCUUGACAGGAAUGUUAUUGGAGCUGCCUUUUGAUAUAUAAAGCUAAUACAAGCAUUGGGUAGAUAAAGUUUUGAGAAGAAUAUUUUUUUACUGUUCUUGUAUCCUACCUAGCUGAAUACUUUUGAGAAACGACAAAUCUGAUAUUUUGUACAUGCGCCUUUUCGAGAAUGUUUCCUGACUUUGUAGAAACUUCACUUUUCAUAGGAGCAUGUGCAAUAAGGUGAGGAAAAUAUGCACUAGGGAGGAAUAUGCAGGCUUCUAGUACUAGGGCAGAGCAUAAGCAUAGGCCUACGAUUUGCAGUGUGAGAAAAGCUUGAUCAGGUGGCUGAUGAACCUGUCUCUUGAACUAGCUUCAUCUAGCCUGAAGCAGCCCCAAACUUCUAAUCUUAGAUAGGGACAGGAGUGACAUAUAGAUCAUAUAUUUUUGCAUGAGCUGCCCCCCACAUCGCCUAUCCCAAUCAUUAUAAAAUGCAAGGGAGAAUGGUAUAUGAUUCUUGCUGUAUAUAGUGGGUUGGCACCCAGAAAAACCAGAUGCAGACCUUUGCAUCACUCUGGUAUCGAAUUACCACAAUUUUAAUUGAGGUCAAUUUAUGCUUGUGUUUUUUUAACACCGCUUAAAUUUCCACCGUCGAGAAGGGAUCAACUGGGCCCCAUUUCUGAAAGCAAUUAGGCAUAUGUACAAAGGUUCCAACCUUUGCUCCAAGCAAACCUAGAGUAGAAGUUGGUUAUGAGAAAGUUCACCAUAAAUAAAUAUAUAAAAGAUUGCCGUUGUCUUGCUUCAGCAAAAAAUAUUUCUAUUGUCAAACAAUGUAAGGUGACUGAGUUUGGCAUUUGAUGACAAAACACACUCAAGCUUUAGAUUCAUUCCAGCAUGAUCUUUUAACCAUUUGCGCCAGUGGAAGUAAGAAGAGAACCAUAUGAUGUCUAUAAGACUUGAAAUACUCUGCUUUAUAUAAGCACUCAUGUUGCUACAGAGUACUUAGGUCUCAGGAAUAUGUACCUUCAUGAACAGUGCACCACGUUUAUGCUGCAAGCUGCCUUGCAUUUCAGCCGAUAUGGUUCCCUAAUCGAUGCUGAUUGGGUAUCGGCUCUUGAUAGGUACUCCUGGCAAAAUGGUCACUCUUCCUUGGCUCUAUAUCCUGAUUGUAUCCUGAAACAAGUUGCGGUAUACAAUUCUUUCCGCACUGAAAUUCCACCAGCAGAAAUGAUUUCUGAAAGUCCAUGGAUUAGUGAUACUUGAGGGAAAUUCUUGGUUGGCUGGAAAAUGAGAUCAAAGGGAGAGGAAACAACAUUUGAUUAUUUUUGUUCCCUCUCCACUGCCAAAGAUGCAUCUUAUCAACCUGUGUGCCAGAUGCACUCUUUACCUUUGCAUGAAAUGGUAGGUCUCACCAUCAGCGUUUCUGUCUCAAGGCUGUUCCAGAUUCUCUUGUCAUGACAGCUGCAGUGAGCACGGUGUGAAAAACCGCACUGUCGUGUGAUCGAUGCAGAUUCCAGGGAUUGUUCGACAUAUAUUCCCUUCUUCAGUGCUUCAGGCCUCCACUAUAAAUACAACCAAAUGGGGAUGUGGACUUCAUACACUUCCUUACGUCUAAGAUCAUACAAACUGAAGCAUCACCUAGUGAUCUUGUUGCAGAGACAACAGAAGCCAUGAGCUAUUAUGGAGGCAGCUCUUCCGGUGGCAGGGGUGGCCGUCGAGUCGAGUAUGGGAGGAGCUAUGUGGUGAGGCCAAAGGGACGGCACCUAGCCACCAUUGUGUGGCUCCAUGGCCUAGGUGACAAUGGUGCAAGCUGGUCCCAGCUGCUGGAUGCUCUUCCCUUGCCCAAUAUCAAGUGGAUAUGCCCCACCGCAGCGACCCGGCCCGUCGCGGCUUUUGGCGGGUUCCCCUGCACUGCAUGGUUCGACGUUGAUGACACCUCGGUCGAUGGUCGCGACGACAUCGAGGGGCUGGAUGCUUCAGCUGCACACAUAGCGAACCUACUGUCCUCGGAGCCUUCUGAUGUGAAGCUUGGGAUCGGCGGCUUCAGCAUGGGUGCAGCAGCUGCCCUGCACUCGGCAGCAUGCUACGCUCACGGCAAGUUCAGCAGCGGCACCCCCUACCCGAUUACUCUCAGCGCCGUCGUCAGCUUGAGCGGCUGGCUCCCUUGCUCAAGGACGCUGAGGGGCAAGAUGGAGGGCUCACACAUGGCAGCAAGAAGAGCCGCCUCCCUGCCCAUCCUGCUCAGCCAUGGCAGAGCGGACGAGGUUGUCCCCUACAGGAACGGCGAGCGGUCGACCGAGUUCCUGCGGUCCUCGGGGUUCUCGUAUCUGACUUUCAAGUCCUACAACGGGUUGGGCCACUACACCAUCCCCGAAGAGAUGGACGACGUCUGCAGGUGGCUCAGCUCGCGGCUCAGCGUCGACCGAUCUCGUUAAAGAGAACAGCGCUUCUGUCAUUCUGCGUGUGCGCGCGACGCGGUGGCUUCCCUAGUAGCAUAUAGCAGUGUAAACUUACUAUAGAGAGGUGAAUGCUGGUUUGGUAGCUUGUGACAGCACCACAUGCCCUGAUCUCUACAGGCUGCCAUUGCUGCUCUGAGCAAGCAACCAUGAGUGCUGUGUAGUAAACUGGUGAAGGUGUGAGAGCAUAUUUAUCAGAAUUAUGUAAUGUAACCAGUGCUUGUUUUGUAAUGCAAAAAAUAACCAUCUAUACAGAUCAUACUAUUCAUGCUACCAGUGCUCUUUUGGGUUUCAAAGACUUUGUCACAAUGUUCCUAGAAUAUCAGAGAAAAA